AUGGACCCUGCCGUGGAUUUCGACAACACGAACGCAGCCAGCUCGGCCGAUGUUCUUUCCCGGCACGUCCAAAAGAAGGACAUGGAGCGCCGACCGACACCGCCAAGCAGAGAACAUCUCUAUCCGCGCAUAAACACUAUAGAUGAAGCUAUGGAGUAUUACGAAAGGUUUCAUCAACGAACCGCGUUCUUCGACAACUGGUCUCUCCAGUUCAUUUACAACAUUUUUGACGCUUUCCGCCUCCAAUAUCGCAUGUUGGUGACUCAUUGGAGUGAAUACCAAAGAUGGGAAGUCGAGCGCCAGAAUCUCUGGGGAAACUGGGAGGGCCAGAUUGGUUUCCAGGACGAUUCCCCUGACCCAAAAUGGCGGGCUAAAAUUGUUGGGGAAGUAAAAGAGCUUGAAGGGAUGGACAUGGGGUUCCUGGUUCAUCAAGACCAGGCUGUCUGGUCGUGGAGAACCGAACCACCACAUGCGGCUUCUUUUUGGGAUCAACCAAAACAUCAAGAUGUGGUCGUUCCCAUUAAAGCAGAGCCACAAUGGUAG